CGCCCUCGUGCGAUCUCGCAUUCUCGAUUGCGUGAGGAAAAUUCGCCGCGAAUCUCUCAUGGUACGAUGAUGCUCCUUGUGCACGACUUUCGAUCGACCGCGACAUAAAAAGUACUUUAUGGUAGAAUUUCAUCUAGUGCAAAUUUGAGUGCGGAUUUGCGUGAAUCCUCGCGAAAAAUCGGAUAAUUAAAAUUGCACCCUCUUUUGAUUCGGCGAGAAGAUCCAUGUGCUCGCAGCAUGGCUAUCAUGCAGUCCUGUUGUUGUUGGCAAUCUGUACGCAGAGGCAGCUACGCUUGUGCUGUUUAUACCAUAAUAUACUUUGUACUGUUAGCAUUAACCACUGGUAUGAUUUUUCGAGAGGAAAGUCAAUAUCUCAAGGGGAACGUUUCUCAACCAGAGUCGUCCAGCUUUCUGGAAUCGGGGACCAUAUCGCCAACCACGGUUCAUUUCAACGGAAUGCUGCUUAUCUGCUCCUGCUGUGGCGUGUUGUGCAGUCUCCUUCUUUUGUACGGCUUGUACAAGGAUCACAAGAUAUUGCUGCUUCCAUGGAUUAUCGUAAUCAUCAUGUGUGGCAUCAUUGAUAUAGCGCAUUCGAUAUAUUUGUUCAUCGGCACACCCGAGUUUAAUCCAGCAAGAGUUAUGCUCUACACAUUAAAUUUCUUUCUACUUUGUUUAAACACAUAUUCGCUUUUAUGUGUCAUCUCGCAAUAUCAAGAGUACUCAGCUGGUCGCGGUACUGCUGCGCAUGACUACGAAUAUAGGGUCAGUAUUCCGAAAAUUUUGCAGAGGAAAAAACAGUGGGAUAAGGGACGAAAAGUUCCAGUGGUGAGAUACGUAACCCAACCACCGACUACGACCGCCACCACAUCGUGUUUAAGUUCGCGAAAAGGUGUCACCAACAAUGAAACAAAAGCUACACCGACUCAGAGUCCCACGGCAUGUCACAACCCUCUCUUAUCGGAGAAAAGUCCUACCGGGGGUAGGUUAUCAAGGAAGCACGUUCAGUUUCCAGAUACAUCGACAUCGCCAAGUCAGAUACCAGAGAUAUCAACAGCAAAAGUUCAAACAAAGUGUUCGCCGAAAAUUGAUCGCAAUAAUGCAAGAAUUUGGCUACAACCUAAUGAUGCUAUAACGAUCGUAGUUAGCCAGUCCUCUCCAUCGAGCGAUGAAGAGCAUGUCCAUUACUCGUAAAUAGUAUGAACAUACUCGAUACAAUUGUUAACAGUCCAAAUAUACAUAUACAGAGUGUUCAUUUGAAAAAUUUCCCCGCUAUUUAUUUUGUGACUAACUAAUUUUUACAAAAAAGGCCAAAAAAGAUUAAUUUUUUUGUGUCCCACUUAAUCUUUAUUUCUCUAUUUAAAAUUUUUAAAGCAAUAAAUAUCCUAACGGGAUAAAAACACUGUUCAAUCGCAUUUAUAUGUCAUUUUGAAAAUAAAAUUGAUCUU